AUGUAUACUCUACCUGAGAGCAGUAAAGAGACUAUUACACCAAAUAAAAGGUUUAUAGACAAGCCAUUAGGAAGUACGCCAGCUUACAACGAUACAACAAAGUUUCAGAAUUCACUCACCAUGAAGGUCUUACUGUUUACAUUGACCGCCCUCGUUGCUGUCGGUUUAAUCAGCGGCCAGGGCGAACCAUGGUGUCGCUGCGCCCUCUUCGUCUCGUCCUCGUACGCUGAGUGGAUGGUCCUCGAACUCCCGGAGGUCAACAUCACCGACUGCAACAGCCACGACCAGUGCAAGUGGCAUUGCAUUCGAGAGCUCAAUGAGAUGACGAACGACAUGGACUUGUGGUCAACCGCCAACAACGCCACGGUCGGCCAGUACAUCUGCGAAGACCUAUAUUCUCACUUCAUCUUCUUCAUCCACAAUUCAUACGUUCACGCCUACUACGAGAUGUGCGGCGGACCCUGGGAGUACACGGGCCUGGAUUCCCAACAGAUGCUGUGCUGCGAUAGGGGUCAACACAAGCACUGCAUCUCGAAAUGAACUGCGUUGGAAGUGUAACAUUACUUAAAUAUUUCCCCCAUAAGCAGUUACAAAGUUGUUGUGAACAAUAUAUGGAGGAUUGAU